AUGAAGAACAAAAAAAAAAAUUCAAAAAAUAAUUUUAAUCGAAAUUAUGACUCUCCUUAUAAUUUUUGUCCAGCAGAUGGCUACUCAGAAAGUUCUACUUGUUCAUACUCUCAAUUUUAUGAAAUGCAUAAAAAAAAUAUGAGAAAAAAAAAGGAAAAAGAAAAAAAAGAAAAUCAACUUUUUCAACUAUCUCAAAGUUGUAGCAGCAGGGGUAGCAACGAGAGUAACAAUGAGAGUAGAAACUAUAACGGCCCGAUUGACUCACCUUUCAAGACGAAGAAAAAAAAAGAAUGCUUCCCUCUGUCCAACAAUAGUAUAAAUAAGUUUAUAAAAUCGAGCUAUGAAAAAUAUAAAAUAAAUACAAAAACAAAAGAAGAUAACUUUAAAAAAAUAACAUCUCGAAUAAAAAGAUACAUAAAAAAAAUGGAUGAUCAGGGUUAUAAAAAAUAUGAAGAUGAUAAAAAUAUAUGGAUUAGAAAUGGAAACAAUAAAAAUAAUUUCAAGCCAAUAACGGAUAUUCAAUAUAAUCAGAUGCAAAAUUAUAUGGUUGAAGAUUCAAAAAUCUGUGAACAAUCAGAUAAUACUAUAAAUAGGUAUGGAAAUAGAAAAGAAAGAAUAUUAUCAACACAGCUAAAUAAAAUAACAAAUUUGUUAGGCCCCCUUAGUGAUACAUCAGUAGAUAAUGAAUAUGAAAAAAAAUGCUUGUUCAAUAGAUCCAUACUAAAACAAUCUCAAAACAAAUUAGAUGUAGAAUCGUCAAAUAUUGUAGAAAGUUGUAUAUUUUGCUCAAAAUUUGAAAUUGUAGAAAAAAUCAAAAAGUUUGCAUUUAAUAAAAUAAAACCUAUAUGUGCAUCAUGUUUUAUUAUAUUUUUAAAUUUAAUAAAAAUUAAUUCAAUUAUUUGUAUUUGUUGUUUUAAAAUAUAUUUCCCUUAUAAAGACAUAAUAAGAUGUGCUAUAUGUAAAAGACAUGAUUCAAAAUCUGUAAAGAAAUAUUAUGACAACUUUAAGAACAAACAUAAUAUUACAUCUAUUAUAAACGAACUAAACAUAUUUACAUCUUUAUAUAAUUAUCAAUUUAGUAAUAAUAUAAAUACAGAUAUGUUUUUAAAUUUUUUUAUAAAUAUUAAUUAUUGUUUUCAAAAUUUAUAUUCAUAUCUUUCUUCUCAUCAAGUGCUUAUUAUUUCUAAAAAUUGUGUCUAUGCAAAUUAUUCAAAACCAUUUGGGGAUUUACUAACAGAUUUAAAUAUGAUAAAAAAUAAAAAAGAAAUAAAAUCUAAUGAAAACAAUUAUAUUAACAAUUUCGAGCAAACAUUAUAUAAAACUGAGAAAAGGCGCGACUAUGAAAUAUCUAAUACCUCUUGUUUAAAAAAAAAAAAAAAAUCAAAAUUAAAUAAGCUCGAAAAAGUUAUAAAAAAUUAUAUCACCAUGUUAGAUAAGCCUACUCGAAAAAAUAUGACCAAAUUGGUGUCGAAAAAAAAUAAGGAAAAUAUUUUAUACAAACAAUGUAGUAAACCUAUCGAAACAAACCCCUUACCUAUUCAAGAUGAGCAAGAGAAAAAAAAAGAAUUUAAUCAAAUCGAAGAAAAAUAUUUUACCUAUUUAAAACUUGCAGAAAUGAAACAUCAGGAAACAAUACAACAAAUUAAAAGUAUACUUAAUGAAGAUGUUAUAAAAAAUAGAUGCAUGGAAAAGCAGAAUAAUAUCUUAGACACUUUUGAAAAAGGGAAUAUAAAUGAUAAGGAAGUAAAGAAUGUAGAAAAUGAUGAGAUAAAGGAGCAGGAAGUAAAGAAUGUAGAAAAUGAUAAGAUAAAGGAGCAGGAAAUAAAGAAUGUAGAAAAUGAUGAGAUAAAGGAGCAGGAAAUAAAAGACGUAGAUAAUGAUAGCAUACAGGAGCAGGAAGUAAAAUACGUAGAAAAUGAGGCAUGCUCACAGAAUUUACACCCAUUUGAUGAAGCAAAAAAUGAAAAAGAAAUGGAACAACAAAAUAUAGCACAACCUAAUAGUUAUAUAGAAAACAUUUCUAUGAAGGAAGAAAAUAAAAGUAAUGAAAUUAAGUUGGAAAUUCCUGAAAUAAACAAUGAAAAUGUUGAAAAAAAGGAAAAAAAUAAAAUAUAUACAAAAAAAAAUAUAAAAAAUUUUAGCGAAGAAAGUAAAAAUUCAUUUGAAAAUUUUAGUAAAACAAUUAUAACUAGUUUACUUAAAUUAAAACAUGAAAAAAUACAAUCAUCAUAUUAUCAUCUUAAUAAUGUGUCUACUAAAAUAAAUCAAAUAAAUUUUAAUAAAACUGUUCGAAAAUAUUAUUCUAAAGGUGUUUUUUUAUUAUACUAUAUCAAAUAUGUACAGAAACAGGAGACUGAGAUUCAUCGUGUAUUCCAAACUGUUCAGGCAGCCGAAACUGACGUAGAAAACUUCAAAAGGAAGUUCAGGAUACACAACGGAAAAGAUCCCAAUCUUAGUGAGAUCAACAAAAGUAUAUACGAAAAAUAUAAAUUAUUAAAUCGAGGAAAAAUAUUAUUAGAAAAUAAAAUAAAGAAUUUUGAAAAUAGUUCAACUAUAAAACAAAUUUAUCAAAUAAUUGAUGAAUUUAGUGAUAUUUUAAAAACGGCGCUAAAUAAGAAUAAAGAUGAAAUCGAGGAGAUUGAAAAGAGGAACCUAAAGACAGUAAAUAAAUAUUUGAAAAUGGUAGUAAAAGAAAAAAAAAGAAAAAAUAAUAAAUUAAAUAAAGUUGUAAAAAAAUAUGAAUAUUUUCAUGAUGAAUUAUUUUCAAUUAUACAAAUUUUAAACCUUUUAUAUGAUGUUAGUGAAAAUAAUAAAAAUAUAGACUUAGCAAAUUUUAAUUCAGCUAGUGUAUUAAGAAAAAUUCAAAUGUUUUUAUAUACAAAAAGAAUAAAAAAACUUAAUGAAAGUUUAAAAAAAGGUACACCAAAAAAAAUAAAAAGAAAUUAUUCCAUUUCAAAUAUAUCCUAUUCAAUAUGCUCAUAUAAAAAGACAAACUUUAAACAUAUUUAUGAAAAAGAUAAAAAUUGUGAAAAAUCUAUACCGAAAAUUAUAUGUAUAUUAGAUAUUAAAAAAAAGAAUUUAGAUAAAUUCUUAACAGAUAAUAAUCCAAUUAAAAUAAUAGAUAAAAACAAUUUAAUAUUUAUAAAAGAAUUAUAUUCAUUUGAUUCUAUAUAUAUAAAUAAAAUAUAUAUACAUGAUUUCAUGUCUAAUAUUGUAAAUAAUUAUAUCAACCAUUUUGCUAACCAAAAUAAUAUUACCAUAUUUAAUUUUUCUCUAAAUUAUUCUAGAAAUAAAAAAAAUGUAUUUUUAAAUUCGUUUAAAGAUUACUUUCAUUUUAGUAAGAAUAGGGAAAACACAUCAAAGCAGCACAACCGGUUUUCAAUUUUACAAAAUGAGCAUAAAGAAGGGAGUCACAAAAAUAGCAUAACUAAAAAUUGUCAAGGUAAUCAUACCUGCUUGGAUAUGUUAGAUGACAUCAAAUGCAAAAAUCACAAUUUAAAGAAAAGUGCAACACUUAUAAAAAUUAUCAAUGAAUUAAAAAAAAAAAUAAACGAAAAAUAUUCGUAUGAAAAUUAUAACUUAAAAUUGAUUGUAUAUGCUCAGAAAAAUAAAGCACUCUAUAAUAUUAACAAGUGUGUUUUUUUUAAACAAAAUACAGUUGUUUCUUCAGAAGAGGGAAAAAAUAAUAAUAUAAAAAAAUAUAGAAUUAAAAUAAAUUUAAAAAAAAUGGAAAAAAAAAGACGAAAAAGUAGUGAUAAGGUUAAAAACAAAUCGAAAGAGGAAACACACAAAAAAGAUAACUACAAAAUAGAAUAUUUAAAUGGUGUAAACUUAAAGAAAAUCAAGAAUAUUAAUAAACAUAUAAAUUAUAAAAAUAUAAAUAAGUUUAAAAAAUAUUCUAUAAUUUUUGUAAUAAAAUUAGAAUUAUUAGUGUCUUGUGAAAAUAAUAUUUGUAUCAAAAAAAAUAAAAUAAAAAAAAAAAAAAAAAUAUUCCAUUUUACGCUUGUUGAUAUAGCUAUACCUAUUUUUGAUAUCAUGAAAAAAAAAAAUCAAACUGCUAUUAAUUAUUUUCUUGAAUUUAAAAAUAAACAAAACUUCGAAAGUAUAUUUAUCAAUUAUAUCCAGUCUCAACUUUUUAAUAUAAAAAAUCCUAUUUAUCAUUCUUAUAAAACUAUUCAAUUUUUAUUACAAACAAAUCCACAAAUAUGCUUUCUUUUGUAUAUAAGGGACGAUUUUUUCCUUUCCAAUCAUCAUAAUUUAUAUUCUCUAUCGAAUGAUCCAAAUUAUCAAAACGAAAAUAAAACCAAUCAUGAAAUUGUUAAACCACAAACAAAUCAAAAUACUAUUAUAAAACUUUUGUAUAUUUAUUAUUGGUGUAUUAUGUGUGAAGAAAGAGAUUCUGCCCUCUCUUCUUCCUGA